AAGGGCAUAGAAUGUUGAAAUGACAGGUUGUAGAUAGAAUCACGAUAUGCAAUGUUUUCUGUCGUGUCAUGAGCACAAGUGUUAUCAUUGACUUGAGGGAUGCUUUCACAUCGCGCCUGAGCCCUAAACGAGACAUUGAUGUGUCUCCGAUACUUGUUUUGAGCGGGCUCGGCUACCGCGCAUGUUGCUGUUGUUGCACUUGUCAUUUCCAUUGACAAGCUGUUGACAGUGCGCUGGCCUACGUUCAUCAAAAGAAAGGCCGUGUGGGUUCACUGCCAGCAGAUGUGGACGACACAGUGACUGAGACUGUCACAGCUUGUGUCUGUGCCCUGCAGCUGAGUACACGAGAACUUGAUCUGUGUCCACCCUCCGUAUUUCCUACGAGAAAGUCACCAUACGACAGCCCACUGUCAGAAUCAUGCCAGGCCUGGAAAAGCUUCUGCGGGGCAUCCUGCGCUACCAUCAGGGCACUAAACAGGAAAUGGUUCAUCAGCUGAACAGUUUUAAAGCCAAUCCUAAGGCUGUGGCCAUGUACUUCUCCUGCAUGGACUGUCGCUUGCAGCCGUCGCUGAUAACGGACACACGGCCUGGCGACAUGUUUGUUGUGCGUAACCCUGGUAACCUGAUCCCACACGCGCGUCACUGUAAUCUGCAGGAGUCCGUUACUGGAGAACCAGCGGCACUGGAACUGACAUGUGUCAAGCUAGAGAUCAGGGAUGUCAUUGUGUGUGGCCACUCAGACUGUAAGGCCAUGGAGGGCUUGCACAACUUUAAAGGGCAGUGCUCACAUGAUGAAGGAAGUCCAUUGGGCAACUGGUUGAAAAAGUAUGGUGGUGACUCUUUGGAGAAGUUCUCCCAGCUAACUGCUGAGAAUAACUACAGGGGACCGCUCAAGUUUGAAGGGGCAGCCAAGAAGUUUGAUUUUGAGGCGUUUAUAGAUCCCCAAAAGAAGCUGUCUGAAUGUGACAAGCUUUCACAAGUAAACUGUCUACAACAACUGACUAACAUCUCAAGUUACCCGUUCAUGAAGGAGAAGAUUAUCAUGAAUAAGGUGCAUCUUCAUGCCUUCUGGUUCGAUAUCCACACCGGCGAUGUUUUCAUGUUCAGUCGUCCAAGAAAACAGUUUCUGGAAAUCAACGAAGACACUUAUGACAGUUUAGUUUCAGAGACGCAAACAGCUUCUCCUGCAUAACCAUGGAAACGCGAUGUUUAAAAAUUAGCUGUUUGUACAGCAAGUCAGGCUGAAAGCCACUGCAAGUUAGCAGACUCAAUGUGCCAAUGUUCAGGCGACAAGUCUCGUCAGCCGGUUUGUUUCAUCAACAUGAUCAAUCAAUAAUGCUCAAUGGAUGGACAUUUCCAUGCAGAACAAUGUCUCAAUAGGGUCAGGGGUAAUGUUCAUACAACAAAUAUUCACCUAUAUCUGUAAAUAUAAACAAAUGGGGUCAGUGGUAAUGUUAAUACAACAAAUAUUCACCUAUAUCUGUAAAUAUAAACAAAUGGGGUCAGUGGUAAUGUUAAUACAACAAAUAUCAGCCUAUAUCUAUACAUGUAAACAAAUGGGGUCAGUGGUAAUGUUAAUACAACAGGUAUCAGCCUAUAUCUGUAAAUAAAUGGGGUCAGUGGUAAUGUUAAUACAACAGAUAUCAGCCUAUAUCUGUAAACAAAUGGGGUCAGUGGUAAUGUUAAUACAACAGAUAUCAGCCUAUACCUGUAAACAAAUGGGGUCAGUGGUAAUGUUAAUACAACAGAUAUCAGUCUCUACAUAAAUGUAAACAAAUGGGGUCAGUGGUAAUGUUUCAGAACCAUUCAGAAAAGGUGUUUUGUGUAUGGUCAUAUUUUACUUCACAUGGAAGCCUUCUUAAAAUUAUCUUGUCAUUGAUUGAAAUGGCAUUUUACCGUAUUUUUGUGGGCUUCUUAAAUUGUUUUCCCAUUGAUCAUGUGAAAGCCAUUAACCCAGUUGUUGUGUAGAGGGUACAUUGUAAGCACCAAUAGCCAUUAAGCCAGUUGUUGUAUAGAGGGUACAAUGUAUAGAGUUGAUAGCCAUUAAGCCAGUUGUUGUAUAGAGGGUACAAUGUAUAAUGCAGGUAGCCAUUAACCCAGUUGUUGUAUAGAGGGUACAAUGUAUAAUGCAGGUAGCCAUUAAGCCAGUUGUUGUGUAGAGGAUACAAUGUAUAAUGCAGGUAGCCAUUAAGCCAGUUGUUGUGUAGAGGGUAUAAUGCAGGUAGAGUUUCCUGUUAUGAAGAUCCCUGUGUCUUGUUGAAUGUCUAAUAUGUCUCAAAAGAUAUCUUGAGGUACACAUACCAAAAAUGACCUCAAAUUUCACCGACAAAAGUCCAUUUUUAGAGGCUAAUAAAUGUGACAAAAUAUUUUUUUCGGUGUUGAAACUUACAAUUUUCCAGGAGAAUAUCAUCCCAUGUUGUUAAAGCAAACCUCU